AUGGUUCUCUGGAAAGCAGAUCAUCCUAUCAUCGACAGUGAGUACGCUGGCACGAGGGUCACGUCCAAUAGCACAGCAACCUUCAAUUCAUACUGAGAUACAAACAAAGUUCCCACAAAUGUCACGACAUACCAGUGGGCCUUUGAAAGCGAAGAACAUUCACCCGUCAUCCGCUCUCCUCGAAAUCACGGUUUCUACGAGAAUGCUUCUACCAAGGAACGACUUGCUUUCUCCCACGUCAAAGAUCUUGCCACGCACCUGCAUACCGCUCUCGCGAAGGACCAUGGCUUCCAGCCCGGAGAUACGAUCAGCAUUUUCGCGGGGAAUUCGGUGUGGUACCCUGUGACGUUGUGGGCGUGCUCGAGGGGUGGCGGGAAGAUCAAUGGUGCGAGUCCGGAUUAUGGGGUGGAGGAGAUUGUUCAUGCGUUGAAAACUGCGGGGACGAAAUUCGUAUUCACGACCGAGGCGGGAUUGGAGAGAGUGCAGGAGGCGGUGGAGAGGGUUGGGAUGGGCAGGGAGAUGGUGUUUUUGUUGGAAGGCGAGGGCAAUGGGGAGGUCUUGAGUAUCAAGAGGCUGGUUGAGAGGGGGCGCAAGUAUCCUCCGGAGAAGAGUUGGAGGAUACCGCCCGGGAAGAACAAUAAGGAGGUAUGUGGGUAUUUGAAUUUCAGUAGCGGGACUACAGGUGAGUUGGAAAAAUCUUCCGUAUUCCAAGCGCCAUCGCAAUCGCAAAGCCAACCAACUGACUUGGAGAUUCUUUCCCCCAUCAUCAGGUCUUCCCAAAGCCGUCGAACUCUCCCACCACAACAUCAUCGCCCAAUGCCACCAACUCCGCGCCUACCAAGCCUUCGAUCCGGGCGAGAACUACCGCUGCCUGGCCAUCACCCCGGUCUACCACAUCUCCGGCCUCGUGCGCUACAUCCACUACCCCCUCCUCCUCAACGGCAACUGCUACAUGCUCCCCGCCUUCAACAUGGACCUCUUCCUCACCUCCAUCAUCACCCACCGCAUCCGCGAACUCAUCCUCGUCCCACCCCUCGUCAUCCGCCUCGUCCGCGACCCCGUCGUCGAGGAAUACCUCCCGGAUCUGCGCCGCAUCGUCAAGCGCUGGAGUUCCGGCUCCGCGCCCACAAGCCCCGAAAUCAUCCACCUGCUGCAUCAGAAAUUCCCCCAGACGGGCUUCCGUCAGGGCUACGGCGCGACGGAAUCCAGCGGUUGCAUCACGUGUCACCCCCCGACGCACUACGAUUACAAAUUCGCCAUGACGGGCGGGAAACUGGUCCCGAACACCACCGCCAAGAUCCUCUCCCUCGAGUCGACAUGUGCUACGCAGCCUUCGAGAGAAGAGCUGGGCAGCAACGAGAUCGGCGAAAUCUGCGCCCGCGGCCCGCAGAUUGCCCUGGGCUAUCGCAACAACCCGCCCGCCACGGCGGAGACCUUUGACCGGGACGGCUUCCUGCACACGGGCGAUGUGGGCUAUUUCGACGCGCGGGGACUGCUGCACAUCGUCGACCGCAUCAAGGAGAUGAUCAAAGUCCGCGGACAACAGGUCGCGCCCGCCGAGCUGGAAGAUCUCCUGCUUUCGCACCCCGGUGUGGCGGAUUGCGCGGUGAUUCCGAUUCCGGACGCGUAUUCGGGGGAGAAGCCCAAGGCGUAUGUGGUUCUGAAGGCGGGGGUGGGGGUGGGGAGAGGGAGGAGGGAGGAGGUGCUGCUGGGGAAGGAAAUUUUGAGGUUUGUGAGGGAGAGGAAGGUGGGGUAUAAGCGGUUGAAGGAGGUGGAAUUCACGGAUUUGAUACCGAAGAGUGCGACGGGGAAGAUUUUGAGGAGGGCUUUGAAGGGGGAGGAGGGGAGGGUGGGGAGGCAGAGGGGGUGGUUGUCAGGGAAGGGGUGGGAGAGGGAGAGGGAGAGGGGGAGAGGGAGAGGGAGAGGGCGAAGUUGUAGAUUUUUCUUGAAGAGGUGUAGAGUGGUACCGUGGUUGAAGAAUCAGAUUUUGCUUUAUUUUUCAUUCGCUGUCCCAAAGGCUUCGUCUUUGUGUGCCGAGACGGGGGAAUCACUCGACCUCGAUGCACCAUCAGACUCGGCCCGAAGGUCGCGAAUGAAUCCAUGAGCCAAAGGUGAACACGCGAAGUAUCUGGCAUGGAUCUAAGCGGCUGUCUGAUGGGGCAUCGUCGUCUUCCUCCUGCUUCAAUCCUUCCUGCCAGCUCGUCUCUGCACAGAAUCGUCAGCAACACGUCUUCAAGCCAACGAGGUCUGAUGGAAUUGACCGACUCCUCUGGUUCCCUACUAUAG